AUGACAGAAUACAACGGUCGUCAGAUAAGCGUCGUAGAUGGUCUGACAAUUUGUGAUACCAGACUGGACGAUGAGGGGUCAGCUGAGAAGUUAAACGAGGCCACCAACUUGGCUCUGGCAGUCAAUCCUGACGGCUAUCAUGCUUUUCUUCUGGUCCUAAAAUACGGCAAUAGGUUUACACGUGAAGAACAGGAGUGGGUUGUGUUGUUAAAGAAAAUAUUCGGAGAUGAUUUUGUUCAUAAAUUUUGUAUUUUAAUCUUGACAUGCGGAGAUGUUUUUCAUCAAGAUCAGGAGGAAACAGGAUUGGCCUUCUCAGAGUGGUGCCAAAAAGAAGAUGGCGCCUUUAAGGUUUUUGCUCGAGGAGUGCUGCCAUAG